AUGACGAACGUUUUACUUGUGUUAGCGAUACUGUUGUCCACGACAAGACCUAAUGAUGCAGUGACGGAAGCACAAUCUCAGACGACCGGAGCAGUGUCAGUGCAAGGAGCAAGCAGUUUGAGCACAGUGACGCGACAAGAAGUGAGCACUCCGAACCCAGUGACAGUGCAAGAAGUGAGCACUCCGAACCCAGUGACACGACAAGAAGUGAGCACUCCGAACCCAGUGACAGUGCAAGAAGUGAGCACUCCGAACCCAGUGACACGACAAGAAGUGAGCACUCCGAACCCAGUGACAGUGCAAGAAGUGAGCACUCCGAACCCAGUGACACGACAAGAAGUGAGCACUCCGAACCCAGUGACAGUGCAAGAAGUGAGCACUCCGAACCCAGUUACCAUUAUGACAAUGGUAGUGACGCGACAAGAAGUGAGCACUCCGAAACCAGUUCAAGAAGUGAGUCUUCCGCCCCCAGUGACGCGGCAAGAAGUGAGCACUCCGAAACCAGUUCAAGAAGUGAGUCUUCCGCCCCCAGUGACGCGGCAAGAAGUGAGCACUCCGAAACCAGUUCAAGAAGUGAGUCUUCCGCCCCCAGUGACGCGGCAAGAAGUGAGCACUCCGAAACCAGUUCAAGUAGUGAGUUCUCCACCCCCAGUGACACGGCAAGAGGUGACAACCCCAAAUUCUUUACUAGUUUCGAGGAGGACGUCUUCACGGGCUCAUGUUUCCGCUACCAGAGGGAGUUCCGUCGAACAAUUGACAUCAAUUUAUGGAACUGCUCAGUUAAUUUCGUCGAUUGUCAUUUUUGUAGUUUACUAA